AUGUCCUCCGGUGAUGCCUCGGAGCUGAGUCGGCGUGUGAGCGUGCUUUCUUGGGAUCAGGUGCGGCGUUUGGACUCCAUCCUGGGCGAGAGCGUUCCGAUCCACGGCCGAGGAAACUUCCCCACGCUGUCCGUGCAGCCCCGACAGAUCGUUCAGGUGGUCAGGGCUCGACUGGAGGAGCGGGGCGUGGUGGUACGUGAUGUCAAGCUAAAUGGCUCAGCGGCCAGCCAUGUGCUUCAUGAGGACAAUGGCCUUGGCUACAAAGACCUGGACUUGAUUUUUGGCCUGAGCCUGACUGACGACAAAACAUUCCGGCUGGUGAAGGACGUGGUGCUGGACUGCCUGGUGGAUUUUUUGCCUGAAGGGGUGUGCAGGGAGCGAAUAACAGCUAUUGCCCUGAAGGAGGCGUACGUCCAGAAAUUGGUGAAAGUUUGCAAUGACACCGAUCGUUGGAGCCUCAUCUCCCUGUCCAACAACACCGGAAAGAACGUGGAACUGAAGUUUGUGGACUCCCUGCGGAGGCAGUUUGAGUUCAGUGUUGACUCCUUCCAGAUCACUCUGGACUCAUUGCUGCUCUUCGAUCGCUGCUCGGAGACAGCCAUGUCUGAAACCUUCCACCCCACAGUGCAGGGGGAGAGCAUGUACGGAGACUUUGAGGAAGCUUUGGGUCACCUUCGCUCCAGGACUAUCGCCACCCGCAGCCCAGAAGAGAUCCGAGGCGGAGGGCUGCUCAAGUACUGCCACCUCCUGGUACGAGGCUUCCGGCCAUCCUCUGAGUCUCAGAUAAAACAGAUGCAGCGCUACAUGUGCUCACGCUUCUUCAUCGACUUCCCCGACAUAAACGAGCAGCAUAGAAAACUGGGGGCGUAUCUGCAGAACCACUUUGCGGGCAUGGAGCACAAGCGCUACGAUUACCUGGUGACGCUGAGGCGGGUGGUGGAUGAGAGCACUGUGUGUCUGAUGGGCCACGAGCGCCGACAGACACUGGCACUUAUUUCCGCACUGGCACUGCGAGUAAUGGCUGAACAGAAUGCUAUCCCCGCUCUGUCCAACAUCACCUGCUACUAUCAGCCCGCUCCCUAUGUCAGAGAUGUCAACUUCAGCAACUACUAUGUGGCACAAGUUCAAUCACCAGUGCCUACGUGUAGUAACUCUUAUCAGACGUGGCUGCCUUGCAGCUGAGCAAUGACUUUUAGGAUGUCUGAAAAGC